AUGGAAUCUUUCAAAGUUAAUGUCAAUGCGACAUCUUAUGCUCUACAUUUGGAUCUGGACAAUCUUGUUAAUAUGGGAAUCAGAAUGCUUGUGAUGAAUGCAUCAUAUUCUGCAUUACAAAUUAACUCACUAAAUCCUUUACCAUUGUCCAUAUUGCAGGUGCAAAUUUUCAUGGUGGUCUUUGAGGGCGUCGCAGUGGCUGCUGCGGAGCUGGCGCAACUUAGGUGGCACGCAACGGUUGUUGGUUACAACAGAUUGGCUAAAGGAAAACUGCUGAUGGUUAAUGGUGGCUGGCACGAUGGUUUGGAUGCAGGGGUUUCGAUGGUACGCUGCAGUUUGAACUGGGUUCACAGCUCCGGUGAGGGGAGGCGGCCCGCGAUGAAGAUGGCUGCGCUGCGAGGAUCUAGGGUCGUGCGGUGGGUGAGGUGCGAGUUAACCUAG